CCUCUCACCACCCUCACGACUAGCGUCGGCGGCGCCAUCCAUCUCAUCUGCAAGGAAGGAAACUACUAGUACUAACUAUGUAUACGGAACCGCUCCGCCCCACCGGCCCGUGACCCUAUCGGUCUGCGCAGGCAUGCACGGCUCCUGGGCAUUCACUGUGGCGGUCCUGUGGCAGCCACGAUGCUGGGAUACUUACACCAUGACCCUGGGAGGCCAGGCCUCGCUCUGGUGGGCGUGGCACGCCGACCCAGCCAGCCUCGUCACACUAAGUUACAGGUUGAGGGAAGCUUGGACGGGACCGGAAGCAGGAGGCAGAGUUCCUGCUCACACAGGUACUUUAUGCAUUGAUGCCCCUACCUUGCCUCGAUCAGGAAACGACUUCGUCAACGGCCUCUUUGUCUUUCACGGAAGCUGGCGAGUGAUACGGUGGCUGUCUUCUUCCCUUGACAACCUUGAACCGAUCAAACCCUCCUCACUUGCAUCCGACCUCAGUGUUGGACUGUGCUCCGUUACUCAGACCUGGUUUCAUACACUCCCUUCGAGGGGCCAAGGUGCACAAUGCCUGGAUUAUUUUCGCUCACAUACACCCGGCCCAAGCGAGUGGCAUCACUCGAGGGUCGUGGGUCGGCUGAGGAUGUCAGGAGCGAUGGCUCUGUGCGCUCCGGCCAGUCUGGCUCUUCAUCCGGCAUUCCAGACUCCCUGGCCUUCGACAACAUUAUGAACGGUGGCACCUGUCCAGUACGUAUCUGAGAAUUGAGGGAUGGUUCAUGCUAUGGACCUUGAGACCUGACCCGUGUUUCCCCUCGUCUAGCCCAUGACAGUUCGCGACUUCAUGAACUACCUCGUGUACGUUGAGCACUCAGCCGAGAACCUGCAAUUCUGGCUGUGGUACAAGGACUACGUCAAGCGUUUCAACUCCGCGGAUACGACGGACAUGGCGCUUGCCCCGGAGUGGACGCAGGCCAUGGAGGACGAUGCCAUCGCCAAGAUCCGAAAGGAGCACGCAGAGAAGCUGCGUCCGGAGGCCAAGGCUGCCGAGAUCUUCAAAGGGACCGACUUCGAGAAGCAAACGCCCGACACGUCAGGCGGGAACCCCUUCAAUACUCCGCCCCGAACGCCACAUAGCGGGACAGGCGAUCAAUCGUCGCUUCACUCGAGCCCACCUACUAUGCCCUCCUUCGCGCCGUCGAGCUACAAAUCUCAUGCCGCCGAUGCGUUCACCUCUGCCGGGGUUAAGCAGCCAUUCACAAUUCAACCAUUCCGCGAAGAGAUAGACAGAAUCAUCUCGACUUACAUCGUGGAAGGGGCGCCUCGACAGCUCAAUCUCUCUGCCUGGGAGCAAAAGGCGGCAAUCCAUGCACUCGCCUAUACUACUCAUCCUAGUGCUCUCAAAGGUCUUUUCAAGACUGUCGAUUCGUCACUCCGCCGACAAGCCCACCCAAAUUUUGUGCGCUGGUCGAUAUGCAACGGCAAUCCUGCCCGCGUCUUCUUUGCCCGCGCGCUCGGCAUAGGCUUGAUUGUUGGGGGCUUGAUCAUGGGCGUUCUCCUCACGCUCAGCAAGCUCGGCAGAGGUUACCGUGCCCUGUCAGCCAUCGCUCUGGUCCUGGGCAUCAGCACGCUCGUCGCCGCGUACAAGGGCAUGUGUGUGGUUCUCCAUGGUAUGCACCAUCGCCACGUCCGACCCUGGGAACUGUUUGUCCAAGACGAUGGCGAGGAUCUCGGGAAAAGCAGCUUCGACUCGUUUGGCUCCCAGAACAGCUACGAGGAUGAGCCCUGGGUCGUCAAGUACGAGCGCAGGAACGUGAUUCGCAAGGUCUUUGAUCGAGAGGUCUGGAUCCAGGAACCUGCGCUGCGGCAGAUUCAGGACACAAUCUUCGUGCAGGCCAUACUAGCAUCACUGGUUCUGGGAGGUAUUGUGACGGCGAUAUUUGUCGCCGUGCCGGGCGGUAAUCUGAUGUGAUGACGGUAGUGUAUUUUUGUGGACAGAGGGUUGUCUUUUGUUGCGCAACGGUCUGUCCCUCAGGUGAACUAUGCUCUCCUUUAGGCUGGCGAGACGCGACAGGUCAGCAAUCGAUGUCUGCUCUUCGCCAUAUACAUGUA